AUGUCGGACGAGAAGGAUGGGAAUGGCGGCGCAUGGGCUCGCGUCCCAACAUGGGACGGAUCGCCUCAGACAUGGCGAGGAUUCAAGCGGGAGAUGGAUUGGUGGUGCUCGGCCUUAGAUUUGGCCUCUACGACCAAGUACAACUUGGCAGCUCGAUGGUUGCUACGGCAAUCGGGGGUGGUACGUCAAAGAGGAGAAGAAUUUACACCCCAGCAGCUUGAGCACCAACCAGCGGUUACAGCUGAAGACCCCGAGACGAAGGAGCAGGUGGUGAUCACUGCGGCCAAUCCCCUGGCCGGCAUUCAGAAGCUCAUGAAGGCUCUCGAGGAGAUCAAUGGCAAGACCACCUUGGAUAAGAGAGGAGAGCUGAGAAACCAGUUCCACUUGGAGCUUCGCCGACGACCAGGAGAGCGCAUAGCAGAGUUCAGCACGCGCUUCCGGACACUCGUGUCCGAUCUCCGCACCGAAGGUGUGCAGCUGCCUUCUGGAGAGCUUGGGUGGUUCUACAAGUCCAAGCUUGGAUUGGACGCCUUGCGGACUCAGCUCCUCGAGACGGCUUUGAAUGGAGUUGAGGAUUACGAGAGCAUUGAACGAGAGGUGCUGCGAUUGUUCAAAGACCUUCAUGCUCAAGAUCCUCUCAGCCGCAAGCCCUUCGGAGGAGGAGAAAGUGGACCCCCGUUGUUGAAGCGCUUUUUGAACCAGCAUCAACAAGGACAAGGAAGUCCGAGCCGAGCUUCAUCCUACGCCCCAUCGAUGACAAGCUCUGCACCUAGAUCCAUGCGAUCCUCUUCAUCGACCACGACUUCAAGAGCCAGCACGUACAGGUUCCAGAAACCUUUUGGUGGCCUCCCCAAGCAGGCUAUGGUUUCCGAAGCUGAGGUCGAGAUCGACCCUGAGGAAGAAGAUGAGCUUGUGGCCGACGGUGGAGAUCCACCUCAGGCGACUUUGGAUGAGGUGCUUCAGAUGGAGGCUGAAGGCUUGGCGCAGGACCUUGAGGAAGCAGCCGAAUGUGGCCUUGACAGCGACACUUUGCAGCAGAUUGAGGAGUCAGUUGAAACUGCUGCAGAAGCUCUUCUCACGAUGCGUGAGGCCAAGGUCAAGCUCCAAGAAGUGAAGAAGGAUCGUGGCUAUGGCCGUGCCUCGCCUGCUGACCAAAAGGGCAAGAUGAACCCCAAGAAGCAGUCUUCGAAGCAUCCUUGCUUCGAUUGCAACUUGCCAGGCCACUGGGCCGGUGAUCCUGAGUGCACAAAGCCUGGACAAGGCCUUGGUCGAAAGAACAAGCCGGUCAAGCAAGUGAAGGUCACGGAGGCCUUGAACACCGAAGUGUCUCCGCCUGUGAUGGAGGAUGGAGGCCAUGAAGUUUUGGCAGUUGGAGCCUUCCCCAUGACGAAUGAGUUCGUGAAUGUUGCUGGCAAGCUCUCUGCCGACAAAAUGCUUGUUGGAGCCCUUGAUUCAGCUUGCAACCGCACGUGCACUGGGACGGAGUGGCUCAACAACUACCUCCGUUGCCUGAGAGAUGCCCCCGAAGAAGUUCGUGGUUUGGUCAAAUCCCACAAGGAGUAUGAGACCUUCAAGUUUGGCAACGGUGGAACCCAAGUCAGUGUUGCACGGUGGCGGCUCCCCAUGCAGUUAGAUGGCUCCAUCAUUUGUUUUUGGACUUCAUUGGUGCCGGUUCCUUCAUUGGGGUUGCUUUUAGGUCGUGAUUUUCUAGAAGCAAUUGGAGCUGACAUGCAUUUUGCCCAUCGCACCCUUCGAUGUGAACACCUCACGGGCAAGCCGAUUUCCUUGAAGCAGCUGGCUGCAGGUCAUUUCCUCCUGCCAUUGGUGCCAGCAACCUGGUCAGGUGUGGGGCCACAGCGUUGGAAGCGUUUGGGAGUUGAUGGUGUUUUGGAACUGCAGUUGAGUCCUGUUCAAUGGCUUCGAAAGAAACUGUCUUUUGGUUCAUCUUUGAAGAGCAGUUCACAUGACCACCUUCUGACAGAGCAGAGCGUUCGUGUGGGCCAUUUGGUUUGUGCUGUUCUUCACUCACCUGAUGUUUUUGGCUCAUCGGUUCAAGCUCAAGGUGCGUCCAUGAAGCCGGAAGGGACGACUGAUCGAAAUUCGAGCAACCUCUUGGGAGGCGAGAGCGCCAACAUGGACGUGAAGGUCGGAAGAUGGAAGCGGAUGUUCCUCCGCAUGGGAGAAAGGUUUCGCUGGGCAGCAAAAGGAUUGCUCCUUUGGCUUUUGCAAAGGCCCUACUUGCGAUAUCUGCCAUUGCCCUAUCCCUCAACUACCACGACAGCAGCUUGGUUGGCUCAGGUGCGCAAGCAGGUUUCAGAUGGAACCAUCCCUCCAAGGUAUCUCAAGAACUGCCUGGAGAAGAACCUGUUCACCAUGGGCAACUUGGCAGAAUGUCGGCACCUUCGCAACCGGGUGGGGCUCAGGACAUCGUUCAUCGAAGAUCCCGUCCUGGCAGGAAUGAUGGCAGCGCAGACGACAAAGGGCAUAACAGCCAAACUGAGGAGUGCUGCUCAGAAGGAAGCCAAGGAGCUGGCAAAGAAAGCAGAAGCCGACGGAAGUCGAGAACAAGAGGCUCGGGCACUCAUUGGCCCUCGAGGAGGUCUUCCUACCCUUCGAGCCGAUCUGGUAAAGUUGGCUGCUUUGCUUCAUGUGGACCUGGGCGAGAAAGACUCCGUGGCUCAGAUCAAAGAAAAGGUGAAGCCUAUGAUCGAGAUCCUCAAGAACAAGAAGCCAGCGGUAAGCCCAGCAAAGGCCAACACGGCCGAGGAGAUUUCAGCGAGCUCUUCUUCACCGCCCGCCAGGCUGCUCAACGACAACCCCAAGAACCUGGCAGUUCAGCAGCAAGAGAUGAGGGCUAUGAUGGAGCAGAUGUCUCGCGAGCUGGCAUUGCUGCGCUCACAAGUGACUCCGGAAAUGGAGGUGGAUCUCAGCUCAGAGCCAAGUCUGAUCCCAGACUCGCCACAGGAUGCCUCACCCGUGAACUUCACCGAGGCCGAGAUUCGGGAAUUGAAUGGUCAGGCCUACGAGGAGCUGUACGGAGCCAAUUUGACAGCUCAGUUCGGGGACGACAUUCCGGCCGAAGUGAUGCAGGAGAUCCGUCUGGGUCUCAGGGAUGGAGCAGGGAUGCAGAUGAAAGAGUUGCUGGUGGCUGACCAUGAACAGGAGAUGUUGGACUUCAUGACCGAAGAGACCUUCUUCCAACCGUUUGAAUUGUGUCUUCCGGAUGACAAGGUUCUUGCCGGUUUUGAGGCCCUUCAGAAUGAGAGCCAGCCCAAGAAUGUCUUGAUUUCCAAGAAUGUCAAGCCCCCUGACAAGGAGCGGUCCCUUGUGUCUGAGGUCUACACCACUUCGCAGAAUGUCAUGCGAGAGGCUGAACGAAGAGGCCACAAGGUGGGUCCGGCUAUGUCGUUGGACAAUGGAUGGAACUUCCUUUUGGCUGAGCACCGAAGCCGGGCAAUGAAGGUUUUGGAGGAGGAGAAGCCUUACUGCGUGGCGCUUGCUUUUCCAUGUGGGCCUUUCAGUCCACUACAGUACCUCAACACUCGAGGAUUGACUUCCUUGGAUCAACGUCAAGCUGAUGGUUUGGUCCUGAUGGAGUUUGCGAUUGAAGUCGCAAAGCUGCAGAUGAAAGGCUCCAAGAUUACAGCUCAUGCGGGCAUCUACCCGAAGCCGCUGGCACGCGCCUUGGUGAAGGGGAUCAUGGAGCAGUUCGAUUUGGACUUCCGGCCUAAGGAGGCCCUGGCAGCUCAGACGGGAGAAGCGGAGGAGGACUUUGGUGAUGGCCUACUUGCGUUGGGCGCUGAAGAGAUUUCUGAUGAAGAAGUUGGCGAUUCCCCUCAGACUGACCUCAAGAUCAGUCCUUCCUUGAAGAAUGCCAUCAAGCGCCUACAUGAGAAUACUGGCCACAGGAGCAAUCGUCGCUUGGCGCGAGCUCUUGCAGUUGCAGGUGCUCCUGUGGAAGCUAUAGCUGCUGCCAAAGCUCACAAGUGCUCUCUUUGCCAAGAACGUGCACCUCCGAAAGUCAGGAGACCAGCAUCACUGCUGACUCCAAAGGACAUUUCAGAUCAGGUUCACGUAGACCUGCUGGAGAUAGAAGAUGCUGCAGAAACACGUUUCUAUGUUGCCCAUGCCACGGACUUUGCAACACGUUUUCAGGUUGCUGAGGUUUUGCCGGACAAGUCCUCCAAGUCAGUGAUUCAGUUCUUGAUUUCAAGAUGGCUGGCUAUGUUUGGUGCUCCCCGAGUACUGGUGGCAGAUCAGGGCAGAGAGUUCGUGAGUUGGGAAAUGGAGGAGUGGGCAAGUUCAGUUGCGAUGAUGCGACUCCACUACAGCAAGGGACUACGCCGUGCUGAAUUGGCCAGAAGUCGAAGCACCACCAUGGAGCAAGUUCCAACACCUGGCACAAUCUGCUACUUCUAUCGGCCCCUGAGGUUCAACAACAAGACCAGCCCAAGUCGAAAGAGGUUGACUUUGAAGAGAUGGCAUGGCCCUGCAUUGUUGGUGGCUACUGAAGGACACGCUUCAGCGUUCUUGAGCUACAAAGGUCAGUUGACCAAGGCAGCCAUGGAGCAUGUCAGAGUGGCAAGUGGGCUCGAGCAGAUUGCUGCUGGCAGUUGGCGAGACGCCAUUGAAGAAGUGGUUGAGGCAGCGCAGCAUGAUUUGACUUUGCGAGGUCUUCCAGCUGCUCCACCUGUUGCUCUACCAGAAGAACCAGAGGAGACAGCGAUGCCGAUGACCCCUGCACUGCAACCUCCGGUUCAACAACGUGGAGUUCCGGGAGCUGAUUUGCCUCCAGUGAGACCUGAAGAGUUGGUUCAAGUGGCGCAGCAAGCAGCUCCUAUUCCCUCUAUGGUUGGAUCCUCUGCACUUCCAUCAAGGAGGAUCAGUGAUGUGACAGGCAUGGGACCUGCACCUGGCUCACCCGUGCCUGAGCUCAUUCGACGUGCUGGAACCGCUGGCAGCCUCCUGGCAAGACAGAUUGCCCAAGCCAGAGACCUGGCUGAGGAAAGUGGUGGAAUGAAGCGACCAGCUGAAGUCGAUGUGGAAGCAUUGGCUGAACAAUCCGCCUUUGAUGGUGCUCGCUCUUCACCUUCAGCACCUUCUGGUGUCAACGAGUCGCUGGUGGUGGCUUGUGAGAAGGGUGAGGAUGAGUUGAUGAAACAGCUCCAGCAUGGCAAGGAGCAUCCUUUGCGAGUGAUCGCAAGCUUGGCUGACAUCGAUAAGCAGCAGCCUUUGGAUGCAAAGGUCAAGGACCAUGGAAGCUGGGGAGGACGAUGGGAUUUGCCUUCUCGCUCCGAAUGGCAACUUCACCAAAAGCUUGGAUGGAGCUGGCCUACUGGCUCGCAUGAUGCUGAGGCCCUCUUGGCCAGUUGGGAACGCUCUCCCAUGGACUAUGCCUGCUGGCUGCUGUGGUCUGAGGACAAAUCCACCUUGGAGGGAGUGAUCAUCUCCCAUGUGGAUGAUUUGUUGCUUGGAGGCGGAAGCCGUGCACAAGCUUUGCUGCAGGACCUUGGGCAGAUCCUUGGUUUUGGAAGUGUGGAGUAUGAUGACUUCACCUACUGCGGGAAGCGCAUUCGGCAGCAUGAUGAUGGUUCCAUCUCUAUCUCCAUGAUUGAGUACCACAGCAACCUACAGCCUGUCUCCAUAGCAGUGCACCGACGUGCUCAGACUUCGGCAGAGCUCAAUGACAGAGCGGAAGAGGGCAUGGAUGCUGGCAUGUUCUGCCGUGGCCUGCUGGCCAUCUUCAAGGGCUUCCCAGUCCAAGAGAGGAUGCAGGAUGAGAUCCUGGAGGCUGUUCCUUUCGUGCAGAUCACUGACGCGAAAGACCUCUUUGACAAGGGGAACAGUGACACUGCCACGUAUGGAGCCCAGAAGUCCCUUGGCUUCACCAUUGGUUGGAUCCGCGCCACAUUGGCUCGGGCCUGCACUUCGUUGAAGUGGACCAGCACAAGCAAUAUGUUUGUGGAUUGUGGGACAAAGGACAUGGAUGAGUCCUACCUUCACCGCAUCCUAGCUUCUGGUCGAUGGUGCUACACGUUCAACCAAGCUUACGUGAAGCAAGGAAAGCCUAGCAGGAAGCAACUUGCUUUGAGCUCCUCCUCUGCAGCCUUGGACGGAGAGCCGCUGAAUGAGGCUUUGCCAGUUUUCGUCUUCCUCCAACAGCUUGCUGAGAGCCCCGGUUGGCACCACAAGGGUGACAUUGUGACCCAUGUAGCUCACCAUGCUAGGUCCUAUAGGAGCCCCAUCGGGAGAUAUGAGAUUGAAAAGUACCCCAUCCGGACGACGUAUGCUCGAUUUGAUUUGGACACCGGAAUCUCCCAUUGGCGGAUCCUAGAGGAUCAUGUCAAGAUGAGGUCAUUGACCAACCGACUCGUCUACCGCGAUGGGCGACCCUCCAGCAGCCAGGCCUUGGCAGGACGAGAGGAGGAGGUCAGCAGUGACUCGGCCGGCGGCAUCGGUUCGGACGCCCGGCAUCGGUCGGCAGCGAAGGAGUACGUCCGUCGGUCGGAUCACACCAACGACCUUGUCCGAGAGGAGGACGAAGGCCACUUCCCGCUGCUGCGAUGUGCCCUCAGCGAAGCGCGCCAGGUGGCAUAUCGAUAUGCCGAGGAGUUCGAGGAGGAAGGGCAAAAACUGCGUGUUUGUUCACAUCAUCCACCUCCGGAGGCGCAGCUGGGAGGGUUGAACUCCCAGGCUCAAUUGCCCGCCUAUGGCGUCAGCUCCGCGGUGGAAGGCGAAGAGGUGAGGAAGAUGGAGGACCCUGAGGAGCCACCGUUUGUGACCUGGCUGAAGCAUGCUGAAGCACGGGAUGUACAAGGGUGGGAGUCGGAGGUGGCCUGUGUGGGCGAUGUUCUAGAUCAAUGCGAGAGUGGACCUCUCUCCGCGUUCGCUCCGGCCAUGGGCGCUGCGGCGUGCUGCGCUCCGAACUCGGUGCCCUCGGCGGCUCCGAUCUCGAGGAGCGGGACGGGACGCCGACAGGGGAAUCCAGAUGAGUUCUUUCCCUACAAGGGCAAAGAUGUUUGGUACACUUGCCGCCCAGACGUUCCAAUGGACCCCAGGUGCGCGGCCACGGGUUUGGCCAGUGAGAAGGGCUGCCCUCCCAGCACACUUCCACAGACUUCUGCCGAGAAGUGCGGGUCGAAGCCUGCACUUCGAGUGGAGCGGCCGUGCCCGGCGCUGGGCGCUAACGGCGAAGCGCCUCCUGCGCUGCCUGAGGAGGCGUGGAAGACAUGGAGCUGGAGGGAUUACUAUGAGGAUGCGCGGAAAGCUGGCAAGGGCUACUGGGACUCCUGCUUCGUGAAGUGUGGCCUACAGCCCUUCGAAACGGUGGCCGUUUGGGGUUUCAAUGCUCCGGAGUGGAUGCUCAGCACCUAUGCUGCUAGCAUGGCUGCUGGCAAGUCGGCGGGGCUCUACCCGACGGACACGCCGGAGACGGCCGCCUUCAAGGUCGCCCACAGUGGCGCCAGCCUGGUGGUCUUGGAGGACGAGGGGAAGCUGAAGAAGCUCGUGGCCGCCUUAACGGCGCGACCCAUGGCGCGGAUGAAGGUGAAGGCCUUCAUUACCUAUGCCUAUGAACCUGAGGAAGGGAAACGGGUGGAGGUGAAAGGAGCCAGUGUGCCCGUGAUCAGCUGGGCUGCCUUGACCAAGUUGGGCGCAUCGGACAGCGAGCUGGAUGCCAAGUUGGAGGGCCGAAGUGCCAUGGUGAAGCCUGGCCAUUGCUGUGCUUUGGUGUAUACCUCGGGCACCACGGGGGAGCCGAAGGCCGUGAUGAUUAGCCACGACAACGUGGUCUUUGAGGUGUGCUCCUUCAUGAAAAUCGCAGGUGAGCACAUGGGCUUUUGCCGUGGUCCGAAUCCUGAACGCAUUCUUUCCUACUUGCCCUUGUCACAUGUGGCUGGCCUUAUGGUGGACAUUGCCUUCCCAGUGGUGGCCUCCGCGACUACAUCGAUUUAUGCCACCACCUUCUUUGCCAGGUCUUAUGACUUGAAGCAAGGCACCCUGAAAGACCGGCUAUGUGUGGCCCGGCCGACUGCCUUCCUUGGAGUCCCACUGGUUUGGGAGAAGAUCGCAGACCGCAUGAGGGCGCUGGGUGCCAAGAACAAGGGCAUGAAGAAGGCAUUGGUCACUUGGGCCAAAGACCAAGCCUUGGCGAAGGCCAAGUCCCACCAGUUGGCCGGUGAUGGCUCCACGCCCUUGGGUUUUGGCUUCGCAGACAAGCUGGUCCUGUCAAAAGUCAAGGGCGCACUAGGGCUGGAUCAAUUGAAGCUUGGUUUGACCGGUGCCGCACCCAUCCGCGUGGACACCUUGGAGUUCUUCGGCUCCCUUGGCCCCUCGGCGUCCGUGUCCCGUACCGGAGAGAUCGGGUUUGGGGCGGCCACCAUCUCCACCAGCUUGGUUCAUUUGUGGGGCUCCUGUGGCUUUCAACUCCCAGGUGUCGAGGUCAAAGCCUUCAAGGUUGACCCAGAGGAUGUCAACGUCAAGACGGAGUGCCCCUUAGCCAAUGCACUGGAUUCUCUGGAUGAAGCAUGCCAGGGUGAGCUGUGCUUUCGCGGCCGCAACAUCAUGAUGGGAUACCUUGCCCAAGAUGAGUUGGGACCGGAACACGUCAAGGAGAUCGAAGGAAAGACUGCGGGAACCAUCGACAAAGAGGGCUGGUUGCAUUCAGGUGACAAGGGCAUUGUCACCACCAAAGGAAUGGUGAAAGUGACCGGUCGAUACAAGGAAUUGAUCAUUGGAGAGGGUGGCGAGAAUAUCGCGCCAGUGCCCAUUGAGGAUCAUAUUAAAGCGUGCUGUGAUGGCAUCAAUGAAGUCUUGAUGAUUGGUGACAAGCGGAAAUUCAACGUGGCAUUGAUCACCUUGAAAGCCGUGGGCGCCAAUGGCGAGACGCCGGGCACCAAUCAGCUGGAUGCCGGCGCUGUGAGGGUGAAUCCGUCGGUGAAGACCAUCACUGAAGCUAUGGACGAUCAAGUUUGGAUCGAAACCAUCACUGCGGCGGUCCAGAAAACCAACGCCAAUGGGAAGGCGCCCGCGUUGGCAGCCGCGCGCGGCGUGGCGUGUGGCGCGGUGCGAGUCUGCCCGAACAAUGCCUUCAAAAUACAGAAGUUCAUGGUGUUGCCCACGAACUUCUCUGAAGAGCAAGGGUUCUUGACUCCCACCAAGAAGAUGAAGCGGCCAGUGGUGGAGAAAGCUUUCCUCAAGCAGAUAGAGAUGAUGUAUAAAUCUGCUGAUACCUAUGUUCGCUAUCGUGAUUAG